AUGUGGAAUGGGUCGCGGCCUACCGGUGGCAUCUUCGACAAUCUGGCUGCCUUCUAUACGUAUUACGAUACGAUAAUGUACUACGAUAUUUCCGCCCUUUCUCCUGAGGAGAGCGUCAUGCGUUUUAAAGAAAUUAACUCCGAACCGAGACCUUCAGCCGAGUGUCUCUCAGAGAAGAAAAAGUUGAGAGAUGCAUGGCUCACUUCUCAUCCUAAAACGACGACGAUGAUAGCUGCACCCACUGAUCAAUCCUCUACACUUAUUUUCGCAGUACUCGGACUCCUUGCUGUGAUUACGCUCAUCGCACUAGUGACUUGGGCUGUGAAACGAAACGCUGUGAAACAGCAAAGGAAUCGCGAUCGCGAAGUCCGGAAACAUCAAGGGCUGUUCGAGAUGUCUCUCCACUCGAGGACUUUGCUGCUCGAAAUAGAAGAUUAA